CUCCAUCGGUCUUCUUUCGAUUCAUGCUGGUUCAUUCAUCGUUCAUUGACGUGAAAAUUGUGCGAUUUUCGCGAAAAAAUUUUCUUCGCUGUAAAAGGUUAAAAAUGAAGGUGUAAUCAGCCGGUAUAUAAAUGAAACAAUACUCUACAGACGUACAAUGUUAACAAAAUUUGCACGCGAAGUAUUUUGUAAUUAUUCAUUGGUGUCGAUAUUUUGUUUCGUGAAUAACAGUUUGGUGUGUUAUGUUUAUGUGAAAAUCUUUGCAGAUGAAGUUUAAAUUGUUGAGCCGCGGGUUUCGUGUUGGUGCGAGGGGUCUGUCAAAGAUUAUGUCGUUUACGGAGUCACCCGCGCGAGCUUCUCUGUGCUGUGAGGAGUCAGGAGAAGGCGCGCCUCCGAGUUAUGCGAUGUAUGAGGCUCUGAAAGACUCAUGCCAGAACAACGCAACAUACUUCCAGCCGGAUGAUAGUGAGAAUGGCCAGCGGUUGUACCAAGGCUUCAUGACUCUCAUAGACCACAUUGACACAGUGUGGCCUUUAGUGGAUCAUGUUAGGAAGGUCGCACCACUAUACGAUUUUGACUCAAAAUCACCUGGAAAUGGCUACCGAAGCUUCGUCUCCGUAGUGGAUUCCUGUGUGCUGCACGGACUUAAACUCAGCAGACAAGUGUGUACAGGGAGAGAUGCUCUACUCUUCCGUAAAGGAUACUUUGUCAAAGAGGUGGAGUCGUGCGGGCAGCUGUUGGCGUCGCUGGGCACAUGCCUGCACCACCUUCACACGCUGCUCUCGUGGGCGCCCCCCGGCGACCUCUUCCCCUCAGAGCCACACUCCCCAGAAGAACUGUUCUCACAGGCCGACACUAUCAACCAGUACUGCUUCUAUGGACGGUGCCUUGGGUUCCAGUUCUUACCGUCAAUGCGAGGCAUACUGAAAGGCAUAUCGAUAUGCAUGGCCGGGUUCUCAGAGGCGUACUACAGUCACGGGAACCUGAUCAGUUCCGUGUGGACCGGGGGUCAGUACCUUAUUGACCCAGAGAUGAGGGCGCGGAGGAUCGUGAACAUAUCGCAGUCGGCCAGCGUAGAGUUCUGCAAGGCGUUCUGGUUCUUAGCUGAAAGUGAAAUAAUGAAACGGGUUCCAAGUUUGAUGUCUUCGACGGUGGCCGUGAACAAGUUGAUCACAAUCCCACCAGAACCUAUCACUGUCACCACUAAGGAGGGAAAAGAGACCACCAUCCUACCACCCACUGUGCAUAUAGGGCUGCAAGGGUUGAACGUUCGACUCAUCAGUGUCAAUAAACGGGCUGGUAUGUCGGGCGAAGGCUCAUCUACGCUUCCACCGUCAGACGGCAUACUGUUCCAUUGCCACGGCGGAGGGUUCGUGGCACAAAGCUCUAAGUCUCACGAGACGUAUCUUCGAGAGUGGGCAGCUAAGCUGAACGUACCCAUAUUGUCAAUAGACUAUAGCUUAGCGCCACAAGCGCCCUUCCCGAGGGCGCUAGAAGAGGUAUUCUACGCGUACUGUUGGCUGUUGAAUAAUUUUAAGGAGAUGGGCACCACUGGUAAAAGAAUAGUAUUCGCGGGCGAUUCAGCGGGCGCGAACUUGAUAGCGGGAUGUACGUUGAAGAUAUUAUCGCACGGACUCCGGCCCCCCGAGGGCCUGUUCAUGGCAUACGCCCCGUUGUUGAUCAGCUUCAUACCGAGCCCGGCGAGGUUGCUCUGCCUCAUGGAUCCCUUGCUGCCUUUCGGGUUCAUGAUGAGAUGCUUAAAAGCAUACGCGAGUCCAAACACAAGGCCGAAGGGCCAGGACGAUAAGACGGCGCUCAAAGAAACUGGCGCUUCCAACGCGACCACGCCGCUGGAUAGCAACGGAUUCCUCAAGAUCAGCCCCUCGCAAGAGGGAAUCAGCGAAGGUCCAUCGUCGUUCGAGGAAGUGUCGCCGUCAGACUUGGCUGAGCUUCAAGCGCACAAAUCUGGCAGCGAGCGCAGAAAGUCUUCCGAUACCACUAUAAGCGCCGCUUCUUUGCAGAGUGAACAUACCGCUACUGGUAACACGCCACCAGAAGACAGGUCGCAGCAAGUGGUGUCAGAUUUCCUCGAGCGCUACGUACUCGACUCGGACACGGACUCCGAAGGCCGACGCAUUCCGAUCAUAAAGCCGAACGCCUACGUCUUGAAGUCCGAUAGUCAUAAGGAGAAUGAAUCUGAAAGUACGUGCACUUUAGUGGGCGAACCGCCCCUGGUUGUGGAUGAAGACGAUUACAAAGAGAAAAAAAGAAUAAAAACUAGCCAAUCUUUUGUUUCUAGGAUAAGCGAAGCCGCGACGGGUAUUAUGGGAGCAAUGUCCUCACGAUUGGCGUACAUAACCGGAUCCAACUCUAUCAACAGGACGACUCAAGAGGAAAUGGCCGUCCGGUCGAAUCUAGACGCUCUGAUAGCGCGGAGUCCUUCCGAUGAGUUCAUAUUCUCCGUGCCUCGCGAUCCGCUGCUGUCGCCGUAUUGGGCUGACGACAAUCUGCUCAGGAGAUUCCCGCCGGUUAGGAUACUGACGGUGCAUUUAGACCCGUGCCUGGAUGACUGCGUGAUGUUCGCGAAGAAGCUCAAAGGACUCGGAAACACGGUCGGCAUCGACGUGCUGGAAGGUCUACCGCACGGGUUCCUCAACUUCUCCCUGAUGGCCAAAGAAGCCAACGAGGGCUCCAAAUUAUGCGUGGAGAGGAUCAAGCAACUGAUGGAUUUGGAAAACACACCGCCCAUCGAGAACAACCACUUAUGAAUGUGUGGUAUGUGUCUGUGUUGCCAACCAUAGUAAAAUGUACGGGACUGAGACACUGUGUUGCCAUCGUGAAAAAAUAAUGGACUAAAUUCGGCCGAAUUCGUAUCACGAAGGCCCGCGAGGGGCCUUAUACUAUUUGGUGCUGAUUCCUGAAGACACCAACUUAAUUUUAAUUUAGUAUGACAGUUCUAAAACUAGGUUUACCUCUGUCUUGCACUCAUAAAUAAAGGACGGCACUAUGUUUAGAGCUGUUAGACUAAAAUAAAGAUAAGUUUUGUCUGCUAGAGUGGGCAACAACAACGUGAUAAAAUAAUGAAAAAGCGUUGCUAAGAUACGUAAUACAUACGUUUUUAAAAGUUUUCCACUUUAUAGUGGUUUCAGUCGCUAUCGAUGUUGGAUGUUAAUGUAUCUGCUUCUUUUCUUUAGCAAAAUUUGCGGAGUAUUCGAAGAAAAAGCUAUUAUAUUAUACGUGUGAUAUUUUAAGUCAUAGAUGUCAUCAUAGCUGUUUACAGUGUUGACUGAUUCUUGUCUUCUCUUUCGUUCAAGUUGGUACCUGGAGGUCUAAAAAGGCCAUAUUGAAGCAAUUCAUCUAAAAAACAAUAACGCAAUUUGUCAUUUGUCAGUCAAAUUAAGUGCUAUGGCAAUAAAUGUCAAAUGGCAAUAUUGCUUUUUAGAUGAAUUGCUUCAAUCGAAAAGGCCACCAUUUUGAACUCCCCUGUCCCCUGUUUGGAGGGACUGAUUCGUGAUACCGAAUGUAUAUCACAAAAAAAAUACUCGAAUCUUCAAGAUAAAAAACAAAUUAUAAAUAAAGAAAAAUGAAUCUACUUGAACGAAAACAAACAUUUUUUGUUUCAUCGCGAAAUAAAACUAAAAGGUAUCAGUUUAUAUGAACUUGAAAGUAACAAAUAUGUUGAUUUGUGAUUAUGAUGUAACAAUUAUUUUUUUUGUUGUUUAUUGAAUACUUAUAAUAAUUAUGUGGUUGUAAUAUUUUGUGUUAAGUUGUGUAAAUGUUGCUGUGCUGUUAUUAAUGUAAAAUAUAUUUUAUUUAAUGUUCCCCUUUUCUUGUCGUUGAGGGUUUUAAACCAAAGACGAUAUGGAAUGUUGUUUUAAGUUUUCAAUGUUUGAACAAACUGAGAGUUGCGAGUUUGCUGUUUACAGUCCAAUUGCAUUUAUAUUUCUUUGUUUUACCCAUGCUUAGAUUUGUACUUGUAAUCGGUACAUAGUUUAUUUAUAUCUCUUCAGGUUGAAUGAAUAAUAAAACUCGAUGAAAAGCAUAAGUAUUUAUUUUAUAAUUUAUAGACAGAUUUCAUUUAAAACUUUGACUAUUGUAGUACCUAGAACGAGAUCUUCUCUGAUUACGUGUACAGUCUUGAAUAUAAUAGAAAAUAAUGAGAUGUUUAUCUAAAAUAGAUGUUAUAGCACUUUAGGUAACAUACAGAAUCAAAGUUGAACAAGUAUUUUUACUUUUCACCUCCUUAGUUCUGUUUAGGUUUUAUGAAAGUGCUGUUUUAUUUUGGGCUGUGAAUGAUCGUAUUUAUUCUGGUGUUUCAACUAAUAUUCUAACAAAUUUGAGUCUUGUAACAUAAGUAAUUUUGUCAAUCGAAAUAUAACACAAGCUCACGACUAUAUCCCAAUUGUGGUAAUCAGAGGUACAUCCAUCGCAAGAUGAACUUAAGGGUGGUAUUAAUAAACAAUCUCAGCUGAGACAGUACGUCAAGAUCAUGCUCAAGUCCCUGUUUUUAUAUAAGAACUGUCACAUUGACAUGAUCUUGAGGGCAGUCUAAAAGCUGAGAUUAGUUUAUUAAUACCACCUUAGGUAUCCACACCUUACCGAGCUUUCUUGAGUCGUAGUGGCGCUAAAUUAACGAGUCACGCACGCUCGGCAUAAGCUUGCGGUUUGAAGUCAAGCACUUGUGUCAAGGACUUAUGUAAUGAGGUCUAUAUGUAUUUGUUUUUGGAACAACGACGCGUGCAUUUAUAGACAUGUCUAUAAUAUACAAUGAAAACGAAUUAUUGACGAAAAGUCAACGUCUCACUUCGCUACGGUCUUCGUGCAUUUAAACGUACACUCCGCAAGUAUAUAGCUUAUUGCAUUAAAUCCUGGGCAGCUUAUGUAACCCAAAGGAAUUGAAAAGAGUUAAACACAUUUUACUUAUUAUUUUUUAAAACAAAAACGCUGUUCGUGUCAUGUUUCAAAAAAUUAAGUUUUAAACAUAACAUGGUUGUUUAAAUUCGUUGUUUAUUUAUUUUUAUUACAACAAAUAUUUUAAGCAAGAAUUGUAAGUAUAUUAUCUAAUUGAUAUUAAUGCUCAAUGUUUUUGUCUACUAUUGUUAUAUUUUUGAUAAAGUUUUAAGCAAAUAUAAUUGAAAGCAAAAACUGGAAUUGAUGGAAAUUGAGAACAUGUAAAAUUUUUGCGUCAGGUUCAAUAAAUACUUAUGUAUGUUGGAUCAAAGAUUUUUUUUAUAAUAGCGGCUUGUUGGAAAACAACUGCAAGUUAGUAUGAAAAAAGAAAUGUUUCUUUAUUUAAAAAGAAAUAAUGAAAAAAUAUCUCAAUUUUGAUGUUUAGGCUUUUUAUACGUGAGCUAUGACAAGCAUGAGUUUAAAUUACUGAACAAUGUAUUUUAAAACGUAUUAUCUACGUACUUACCUGUAAAGUUUUUUGUUAGAUUGCUAGAUACCCUGCAAUGAAAUAAUAUCACAGAUUUUAUCCAAAUUUGUAUUUAGAAUCUCCAUAGUAAAUGUAACCCAUUUGUGCAUGUUUUCUAGUAAGCAUACGAAAUUCUUCGAAUGAUUGGUGUUUUUCUUAUUUUCAGGAAGUUGCUCUGGUAAUUUUAACAGGAACAAUUUUUCCUGUUUCAUGGGCAGUUAAAUCUGAAUAUUAAUGUUUUAUAUUAAUGUAUUUCAUUCUAUCAAUUUCCUGUAUUCGUGAAAUGACUAAACUUUAACCAUAUCAACUUCUGAAUACUAUUAAAUAAAUAAGGGGUUCGUUUAGUAAAUAAAAAGGAGUAUUAUUGAAACCAACUAUUAUUUGCUAAACUAAUCAUAUUACUCAUAAUACAGGAUAUAUUAUUACUGUUGGCAACACCAACAAUUACAAUUGCGCAAAGCAAUUGCGCAUUAUACUGCGGUCUCGUUCUAAGUAAAUAUUUAUUUUUAAGUACGUACAGUCAUGAGCAAAAGUGGGUACCCACUUUAGAACCUUGUCGCACAAUCAUAUUUGACAUUUAAUGAGACUUACGGUUUCAUUUGCAAAAAAGUUAAUGUGACAUGGUUUCAAAGUGUAUACAUAUUAGUACUCGUGACCGUACCUACCUAACCUGUGUAUUUUUAUUUGUCCGAUUUCUAUUUCUAAGAUAUUGUCUUGAGAGCCGAGACCUAUUAAUGCGCGAAACCAAAUCAUUGUGUAAUAAUAAUAAUAAACGUUAUAAAACUUCAAUUCAAAUAAUGAUGUCUUACUAAAGUAUUUGAUGUUUACAAUAAUCAUUUAAAUACCUAAGUCUGUGAUAGUGAAUUGAGGCUUUGAAAAAGCAUAACAGUAUUCUAAAAAGCACUAAUAUACAUAUUAAAUAUUGCAUGUUGUUUGUGUAAAGAUGAAAUUGUAAAAAUUAUUAAUUAUAUUUUUAUAGGAUAAAGCGAAAGUCCAUAACAAAAGGGAUGGUAGUUUUUAAAACUUAUAUUUGUCAUGAAACGUCACAUAGUUCUAAAAAGUUAUGUAAAAUACUAAAAUAUAAAAGUUGUUGUAAUAGAAUCGGGCCUUCUUGUAUAAUAGGAUGAAAACGUGAUAGUUCUCAUAUAACAUUUAUGAAUCUGCAUAAUUAUGUAUGACCAAAGCUAAAAGAAAAAGUCCAUAGUAGAAAGCGAUGCAAUACUGUAUUGUACAAUGAUUUAUGUUAACUACGAAUGAAGUAUUUAAAUAAAUUAAUUAUAAUGAA